GGCGCUGGGUGUAGUACGUCCCCUCGGCGGUAGUUUCAGUUCUCCCCUUCCCUCUGACUCUGGGCGGCGGCCGCCGCUUGCGCGUCCCCAACCCUAAUCCUUCCAACACAUGAGCAGCGGCGGCAGGGUGUCCUGGCCCAGCGGCGGCAGGGUACCCCAAUCGCGCUUCAACGCCUGAAUCCACUUAGCGCACGGAUCCAGCGGCGACAGGGUGUCCUGGCCGCGAGCGCCGGGGCAAGGCGGUCCGGCGGCGGCGUUGUGGCAGCUUCGCUGGUAAUCCCCUCCCCCCUUUUUUUUUGCCAUCAAAGGCAAAGAAAGAGAUUGGGCCGGAUUCCUCUUCUCCUAUGAACCGGAUCUGAUGAUAAUUUUUUUCUUUCUCUAACUCGGAUUAUCCGUCCACAGUAUUCCAGUCCGUCAAGGAUUACGGUCCUACUCCGAUCCCAAGUUCCCAACAGCCCAACACCGUCGCUCAUAUAUACAUCCUGGCGAAUCCAACCCCUGUAUAGACGAAAGCCGGUGCUAAAAAAUUCUUCCUGGUAGAAAUUCAAACCCAAGAACAUGAGCUGCAGGGGAAUCUCGCCGUCCGUCCUCUUGCCUCCGUUCCUCUACAAGCCCACGGCCUUCCGCCUCCUGCAGCCACAGCCAGAGCAGUCCUCUGUGGUCUUGGACAGAACCAGAGGACUCUUAUUUCAACACAGCUGUAGACCGCCUGUGUUGCCUCAAGCGAUGCUGCUUCCUCGGCACUACUACACCGCCCCAUGGCAUGGUCCGAUCCAAGGGCGUCUGUUCCACAACAUCAUCAAGCACAUUAAUCGACCGCCUGCAUUAGCACAAGCGACACUGCUUUCUCGGCCCUACCGGACGGUGCCAUGGCAUGGGGAGGUCUUGGCCUCAACUCAUCGACGCCUCUUCAGCCGUAUUUUGCCUCACAAUAGUCGAUUGCCUGCGUUAGCACGGGGGGCACUGCUACCUAGGUGUUUCUACACCACCACACGGCAAUUCAAGGACAUGGAAUCUAUCCGAAGACUCCUUUUUCGAGGCAUUACACCUGGCAUCUUUCUUCCUCGGUGGUACUUCAGUGCUCCAUUGCAGCAACAGCAGAUUUUGGGACCCAUCCGAGGACUCUUCUUCGGUCAUAUUCGUCAAGUUGUAUGUCGGCCUUGGCAGUAUUGCGUGGCCCCAUCGAGAUCGGCGAUCCAUUUUGCUCGUAGCUACUUUGGAUGUUUGUGGAAGGUCACAGUGGCUGCAGCUUUUAUCAACAUUAUGUGGUCGUUUGUCUACCACACUUAUCUUGUUCGUGUCCCAUACACCAGCCAAACUCGUUUCUUACGCUUUGAGACUGUGCCUUAUACCAACCGGAUCCACUUUGUCGUUCGCUCUCCUCUAGAUGACCGCGAGUAUGGCGAGUCAUGUUUUUCUAUGUUCAAGAGGAAUUACCCAUCCACGUUCUUUAGCCCGCUCCACCCCGACAGUGUACGUGUCAAUCUUAUCACAGCGAAACUUGUUCGCGCCGUUCAACGUGGCCUUGAUAUCAAGGGUUCUGAUGCGGCCUUGGUCCAUGGCUCCCCUGGCAAAGACGCGAGCUUAGAUGGUAGGCAUGCAGUUGAGAGCAAUAAACAGGGCAAGUCAUGCAGAUCACAGCCACAGAUAACUCACCUUGAUGGUCUUGACUUGGAGGUGUUUGUUAUGAAAAAUGAUCAGCAUAUGGGUGCAGUGUCAUGGUCCAAUGGCAAAAUUUUAGUGUUCACUGGAUUGCUCAAUAAUUUGGAGACUGAUGCCGAAAUUGCUACUAUUCUUGCACAUGAGAUUGCACAUUUGGUUGCCAGACACUGGUCAGAGUUAAUUAUAUAUAAGAAGUGGUUUCCUUAUCCUCUCAAGGUGUACUUCGUACGAAGGAUCGAGAGAGAGGCAGAUCGCAUGGGAAUGCUGAUAAUGGCUGCUGCUGGUUUCGAUCCACACAUAGCCCCUAAGACCGUUGAGAAGCUAGCUGGGAAUGACAUAUAUCAUCCUUCGGGGAAGAAAAGAGCACAGCUUUUAUCUAAAGCAAAUAUCAUGGAUGAGGCGCUGGAAUUAUAUAGAGAAGUUAUGCUGGCCAAGGCGCCAUAAGUUUAUAGUUUGUACGUCUGCAAUAUUAAAGCAUAAGAAUGUUUUCCUAUGUGUGUUUUAUGCCGUCUUAGCCUGAGUUCAUGUGAUCCUCAAAUAUGGUCUUUAGUUGCUUCAUUGAUGAUUUAGUAGAAAAAUGUUCCAUUUAUGCUCAGUACUACAGUACUUGGUUGAAGCAGCUUUUGAUCCUUCGACACAUUUCAAUCCGUUGAAUCGCGGGUUCAUUUA